AUGUGCCGAAUUGUCGUAACCCUCCUUGUCAUAAUCUCUACAAUUGCCUGCAUCUUCGCUGGAUCGAUGUGGGCGUACAUCCCCGUGAGCAUGACCCUCGAAAAUGCCGACAAGGCGGACGUCUCCACCAUGGUCUGCCCCAAAUACAAAUAUGUACUGCCACGAGAUUGCUUCUCGAUUGCCGAAUGUAUCCGGGUUGAAGAUGGCAACUGGCAACAAAAUGACGAUCUCAUCAUCUAUAUUGCUUGCAAUCCACUUAAAACCGCGCAGGCGGUCAGCGGCGUGCUUGUGAUCUUUGGUGGAUAUCUGCUCAUCCAGCUGGGCUACGACCUGAUCUGCUGCCUCAUCGUGCCAUGCAAAUGGGUUUAUUCGACCUUGCGCCGCAACCGAAAGGAAUUCAUCGUC